CUUGUACGCAUAGACAGUCUCAGCUCAACUCGGCUCAGCUCAGCUCAGCUCAGAUCAGCUCCACCCGUCCAUCUCAUCCAGCUUCAGCACAAACGAGAGUUCUCCAUCAUCCUUCAGAACCCAGAAGAUGACGGAUUUAUUUUAAUUUUACUUUAAAAAAAAAUACGGGACCAGUAUGGGGACAUGACCGGAACGUUCUCUGUGCUGGGGCAUAACCAGUUCCCGUUAGAUUGCUGCUCUUAGGACUUGAGGAACUCACGACUUACACCUCUGGGAUGGAUCAACACUGGAGUAAUAACACGAUAAUAAUAACAACAGCAUUACGCGCGACUACGGUGUGAGCACUGCGCCAGGAACGCCUGCAGGUUCUCGGCCACCCAGAACAACUCGAGCCCGCGGCUCUAUAAGCGGCCUGGACUAAACAAACAAAAAAAAGACUUUUUUUUAAAGGAAAAUAGAGAACUCCUGAACGUGAGGGAGGAAAACAAGUUAAACGAGAUGCUCACAAUUUAAACGAGUUAUUUUUUUAUAAUUUAUGUGACUAUUUUUGAAUAAAAGAAGGCAGAAUGGCGUCUUAUGUGGACAGCAGUUUUCGUCAGGCGAUUAUAAAGAACCCGAGCGAGCGGACGCAACAGGACCUCCAGAUCGUGUACUCGUACCUGCACGGGAUGGAAGCGCUGUCCAGCCUGAGGGAACACCAGCUCAGGUUGAUGUGUGAAAUGGUUCGGUACGAGCAGCACGAGGCCAACGAGGUCCUAUACUACCCUGACGACAUCGGGACGUGCUGGUACAUCCUGCUGUCCGGCUCGGUCUUCAUCAAGGAGUCGAUGUUUCUACCCCGCAGCAGUUUCGGUAAGCGUUCGGCGGGGAGUUCGCGCCGAGGGUGCGAGUGUAUCGUCCUCGAGGCCUCGGAGAUGAUAGUGGUGGACUACAUGGAGGACAGCGAGGAGUACUUCCAGAGGCAGGCGUCACACCGGCAGUCCAGGAGAAGGUUCCGGAAGAUAAACCAGCGCGGAGAGAGGCAGACCAUCAUCGACACGGUGGAGCACUAUCCAGCCAGCAAGCCUCCUCUUCCACCCAACUACCACACGGAAUGCCACAAAUCCCAGCUCCCGACAGACUUCUCCAAGCUCCACCUGUCAGACGGCCUCCACCUCCACAUGUCCUCCAGCCAAUCACGCUCCAGCAUCGCCAGCGACUCGGGGAGCAGCAGCCUGUCGGAUAUUUAUCAGGCGACGGAGAGCGACUGCGGCGACGUGGAUCUCAGCGGGCUGCCGGAGACGGCGGUGGAUUCGGACGAGGAGGAGGACGACGAGGAGGUGGGGCGGUCGUCGGACCCCCUCAUGAGUCGGGACAUAGUGCGGGACUGUCUGGAGAAGGACCCCAUGGACCGGACGGACGACGACAUCGAACAACUGCUGGAGUUCGUGCAGCAGCUCCCGGCGUUCGCCAGCCUGGGCGUGUCCGUGCGCCGGGCGCUCUGUGCCGUCAUGGUGUUCGCCGUGGUGGAGCGCGCCGGAACCGUGGUGCUGAACCACGGAGAGGAGCUGGACUCCUGGUCGGUCAUCCUGAACGGAGCCGUGGAGGUGAUGUACCCGGACGGGCAGUGUGAGACCGUGGGCAUGGGUGGCAGUUUCGGGGUCUCACCCUCCAUGGAGAAAGAGCUGAUGGUCGGCGUCAUGAGGACCAAAGUGGACGACUGUCAGUUCGUGUGUAUAGCGCAGCAGGACUACUGCUGCAUCCUGAACCAGGUGGAGCAGAACACACAGCGGGUGGAGGAGGAGGGAGAGAUCGUCAUGGUGAAGGAACACCGCGAGCUCGACCGCACCGGGACCCGCAAGGGCCACAUCGUCGUCAAGGGCACGCCUGAGCGACUGAUCCAGCAUCUGGUGGAGGACCAUUCGGUGGUGGACCCCACGUACAUCGAGGACUUCCUCCUGACCUAUCGCACCUUCCUGUCCAGCCCGCUGAUCGUGGGUCAGAGGUUACUGGACUGGUUUAACGACCCCGGCGUCCGGGACAAGGUGACCCGCGUGGUGCUGCUGUGGGUCAACAAUCACUUCGUGGACUUCGAAGGAAACCCGGACAUGACGGACUUCCUGGAGGAGUUCCAGAACAAUCUAGAAAGAGAGAGGAUGAGCGGCCAGCUGCGCCUGCUGAACAUCGCCUGCGCCGCCAAGGCCAAGCCGCGCCUGGUCUCCAUCGCCAGGGUCUCCCGGGAGACGCCGCUCCCCUUCGCCCUGACCGGCGGCGCCGAGCGAGGGACGCACCUCUUCGUCAGCGCCGUGGAGGCGGGCGGCGCCGCCGAGGAGGCGGGGCUCAAGCACGGAGAUCAGAUCCUAGAGGUCAACGGGCAGACGUUCGAGAACGUCCAGCUGUCCAAGGCCGUGGAGAUCCUCAAGAACAACGUCCAGCUGUCCAUGAGCGUCAAGACCAACCUCCUGGUCUUUAAGGAGCUGGUGGCACGGAUGGCGGAGGAGAGGAAGAACGGCGUCCCUCACCUCCCCAAGAUCGGCGACGUGAAGAAAACCGCCCGCUACUCGGUCCCCGACCUGGGCAUCGCCCCCGGCGAGCUCGGCCAGGACAAGAUGAGCAAGAAGGUCAAGGCGCACACGGUGGGCGGCCGCAGCAAGCUCAUGAAGAUCUUCGACAAGAAGCGCAUCAGCAUCCUACCUCAGAAACCGUACAGUGACCUCGGGUUGGGCCAGUCGCAGGACGACAGCGUGGUGGGCUUGAGGCAGGCCAAGCCGCCCCCGUCGGCCGCGCCCAUCAGCGGGAACCUGUCGUCCAGCAACCCCGACUUGGCUCCCAGCCAGCAGCGCAUCAUCGACUACAGCAUGCAGCUGCCAGCGCCCGGAUUCACUCAGCUGCAGGAUCAGGUUCUCCGAGUGUUCAAGGCCGACCAGCAGAGCCGCUUCCUCCUGAUCAACAGGGACACCACCGCCAGGGAGGCGUGCAACCUGGCCACCCGAGAGUUCGGCCUGACCGCCGGGCCCGAGGCGUACUCUCUGUGCGAGGUGUCGGUCACGCCCGAGGGCGUCACCAAGCAGAGGAGGCUCCCGGAUCAGCUCUCCAAACUGGCCGACAGGAUUCAGCUCUCCGCGAGGUACUACCUGAAGUGUAACAUGGAGACGGAGACCCUGUGCUCGGACGUGGAGGCCCAGGAGCUCCAGCGUGAGUCUCAGGUGUGCCUGCUCUCGCUGAGCUCCACCGAGAUAGCCAAUCAGCUCUCGGCGCGCAACUACCAGCUCUUCGCCGCCAUCGAGCCCACCGAGUACAUCGCCGACCUCUUCAAGCUCUGCCCGCGCCAGCCGCCGGCCAACCUGCGCGGCUUCGAGGACCUGGUCAACCAGGAGACCUUCUGGGUGGCCUCGGAGGUGGUGCACGAGCCCAGCCAGGCCAAGAGGAUGAAGAUCAUCAAGCACUUCGUGAAGGUCGCCCUGCACUGCCGGGACUGCAAGAACUUCAACUCCAUGUUCGCUAUCAUCAGCGGGCUGAACCUGGCCCCCGUCUCCCGACUGCGCGCCACGUGGGAGCGCCUCCCGGCCAAGUACGACAAGCUGCUGAGCGAGCUGCAGGAGGUGUUCGACCCCUCGCGCAACAUGGCCAAGUACCGCAACCUGCUGAACAAGCACAACCUCCAGCCGCCCAUCAUCCCGCUCUUCCCCGUGGUCAAGAAGGACCUCACGUUCCUUCACGAGGGUAACGACUCCAAAGUGGACGGCCUGGUGAACUUCGAGAAGCUGAGGAUGAUCGCCCGGGAGAUCAGGCACGUGGUCCGGAUGGCGUCCGUCAACAUGGACCCGGCGGCGCUCUUCAAGACCAGGAAGAAAAAGUGGAGGAGUCUUGGGUCCCUGAGUCAGGCGAGCAGCUCCUCGCUGUCCGAGGGGACGGCGGGUCCGAGGAGGCGCGGCCGGCGCAGCUCCUUCCUCAGCGCCAAGAAGCUCUACGAGGCGGAGAUGAUGAGCAGGCGGGUGCGGCAGUACCUGGACGCGCUGGCGUACGAAACGGACGAGGAGGCCCUGCACGCGCUGUCCCAGCAGUGGGAACCGGCCAGUAACACCGCGUGUAAGACCACGGCGGAGAAACGGAAGGUGGAGGCGUCCCCGGUGACCCAGAGGAGCCCCGCCCCCAAGCAUCCGCCCCGGAAAAAGCCCCCCGGCAAAGAAACGGCACCGUUCGGUGCCGACUCCCCGAGGUCUCUCCAGAAGGUUCUCUCCCUCUCCGAGGAGGCGCACGACAGGAAGAGGAGGCAGGCGGACGACAAUCAGUCGAAUACGUCCUCUCUGGUCUCCUCCCCGCCCACUUCACCCGACAACUCGUCCAGAAAGGGGCAGUUCCGCUCCGGGGGCCAGGCGCCGGAUCAGCUGAGUCUCCUGAGCAACUCGUCCUCAGACCUCAUGGUGGACGAGCACUCUCACUCACACGGCCUCUCUCACGCCCGCGCACUCGCACAGACCCACAAUGCACAGCGCACGGAGCCCGACCAGAUCAGCCUGGGCUCCUAUUCGCUGGCGCCGGACCCGUACGACCGCGCCUCGUUGGAAGCGGUGGACAGCGGGCGGGGCAGCUGGACCUCCUGCUCGAGCGGCUCGCACGACAACAUCCAGAACAUCCCGCAGCGCAUCGGUUGCUACGACAGCCGCAGCUGGGAGACGCUCGCCGAGGGCCCGGCCAUGGGGCGGAGCCAUUCGGCCACGCCCCUCGGCUACUGGCCCGACCAGUCCGAGGGCGACACGGGGACCAUCAAACGGAGGGGGGGGAGGGACGAGGCGCCGCCCGUACCCAAGAGCACCCCGGGGCGGAGGGAGGGCCGCUUCCGGGAGCCUCCGCCCACGCCGCCCGGCUACACCGCCCUGUCCCUGGCGGAGGUGGAGGAACUCGGGCGACGCCCGCCGGACUACAGCGCCGCCCUGCAGAGGUCGAGGCUCAUCAAGAGGUCGUGUGACCUGGAGCCGCCCCCGCAGCCACGGCCGCCCGCUCACGUGCACGGGUACACC